AUGUCGUCUUCGAAGGGUAACACAACCGCUCCCGGCCUCACCGGCGGGUUGAACAGCACGGCUCACACGAACGGGACAUCGCACGGCGGCCAUGCACUCUCGCCAGGCGCCCGCCGCAACAUGACAUACCCCACUGAGUUCUGGUACGGCGUGCUCGUCUUCAUCGCUCUUCUCAUACUGGGGAGGUUUGUCGGCUUCAUUGGCUCCUGGCGGCGUCAACGUCAUGCUCGAUCGCUCAAGAUGCGCGACGCCGAGUACCGCGGCUCAUACACUCGCCCGUCUGGGUGGUCCCGCAUUCCGUCUGCCGCUGUCAACGCCUGGCGUGUAGUCGCCUUCCGCUCCGUCAUCGCCUUCGGCCCCUACUACUCGAUCAAUCUCGCGGAAGGCUUCGUCACACUCGCAUACCUGGCCAUGCUCUUCACUUGGUCCCUUAUCAACACUACGGUCAAUGGUCAGAUGCAAUACGGUGGUCGUACGGGUGCUAUCGCUGCCGCUCAACUUCCUCUCAUCGUCGCCCUCGGGAUGCGCAACAACAUCAUUGGCUGGUUGACGGGAAUUGGUUAUGAGAAGCUCAACUACAUGCACCGCACGACCGCUCGCGCCUUACUAGUUUUGGUUUGGUUCCACGCAGGCACUUGGAUCAAGAUAGGCUUGGAGGGGCCCAACGCCGUCACCGAAUCUCAGAUCCAGUGGGCACUCACGGCUACCAUCGCUCUCACGCUUGUAUGCAUCGUGUUCGUGCGGCCUGUGCGCCACAGGGCAUACGAGGUCUUCAUCGUCUCGCAUUUCCUCUUGGUGUUCUUCUUCAUUUUGGGCGCUUACAUGCACGCCGCUGAUCAUCGAUUGGGCCGCUACAUCUGGCCCACCUGGGUUCUCUGGGGCUUCGAUCGCGUUGUUCGCGCGGGUCGGAUACUCGCGUUCAACCACGGCUAUCUCAUGCCCGGUGGCGGUGUAGCUUGCAACGCGACAGUUGAGCGCGUCGCUGAUGGCUUCAUCCGCAUGCGUUUUCGCCGCCCGGCGCACCUCCACUGGGCUCCCGGUCAGAGCGCGCACAUCACCAUGCCCUCCGUGUCGAAGUUCCCCUUCGAGUCGCACCCCUUCACCAUCGCCAACGCGGACGUCCCAACUCCGCCUGCGCCAACGAUGGAAAAGAUGAAGAUCGAGAACUCGGUCGAGUCGACGUCUUCGUCAUCUUCGUCAACGAUGUCUGUCACCACCGGCGAAAGUAGUGAUAAGGAGCUCGUCUUCAUCAUCAAGAAGCAGGAAGGCUUCACGCGUCGGUUGGAUCAGAUUGCCAAGGCCGGUGGAAAGCUCAAGAUCGUGUUUGACGGACCAUAUGGACACCCACCGCGCCUCACGCACUACGACACGGUGGUUUUCCUCGCUUAUGGUUCUGGUGUCUCGUUCACGAACUCGCUGUUCGUUGAUCUCGUCUACCGUGCGCGCGCCGAUCCUACCAUUUGCCGGAACAUCAUCUUCGUGUGGACGAUCCGCCACGCUGAUCAAGUCAAUCUUAUCUACAGCGACCUUCUUCGGGUUCUUGAGACCGCUCCGCCAGCCCUGCAUAUUUCCGUUCGGAUCCACGUUACUGCUACCGCGACCCUGCAGCUCGAUAUGUCUGAGCCGACGAGCCCGACUAGCCCGACUUCUGUCAUGAGCCCUAUCUCGCCAGUUUUUGCCGAGAAGAAGGGUGGCGCUUCUGACAGACUCUCCGCGUUUAACAAGACGUCGUGGUUCACCGGUCGCCCGAACGUUGAGGAUGUGCUUGAGCAGGCCAUCACCGGCGCGCAGGGAUCUGUCGCCGUGAACGUAUGUGGCCCUCAUACCGUCGCAAAGGACGUAAAGCGCGUUUUACGCGCACAUGGCCCGGCCUCCGUUCUUCGCGGUGGCCCCAGCGUCAGCUUGUUCGUAGACUCAUUCAAAUUCUAG